AUGGGGGCGCUUGACAUGUGGUGCCGGACGUGGCCGUUGCGCGCCUUGCGUAGGAGUGCGCCACUGAAGAUAUCAUACAGUCCAAAGGAAUACCCAUUUAGCGUCGACGGUGCACUGGACGAACACGGUAAAGUCCCUUCUACGCCGUACGACAGGUCGCCCCUACUGGUGUGUCCUUUGUUUGCAGAGCUGCAGAGCCGCUCUCGAGAAGGAGGCUCGCUUGAGGGCUACGGACUUGCCUUUUCCCAAGGCAGCGUGGAAAAGCCUGCGAAAGAUGCACCUCCGGGACUUUCACCAUGGGACCCGCAUGCGCCGAAACAAAAACGCACAGUGCCGAAUGGAACGACAGAAAAGGAGAAGUUUUUGUUGUACGUGUACAAACCACCCGGACGCUUUGCGAUCUAUCCCCAGAAGCUUUCUCUUAAUGAGCUUCCCAGUGGUCAGGUGAUGCGUACAGUGCUAGAUGACAUGCUUUCCAAGCCGGCGUCCAUCCUCGACAAUGAGGCACACAUUUAUGUAUGCACGCAUGGAACUCGCGACUGUCGAUGUGGCGUUGCUGGCGAUCAACUUUUACAUGCACUACGCUCCAAAGUGAAGGAGAACAAUACUGAAUGUGCUGCAAAAGGCACUAAACCUGCAAAGCAAGUCAAGAUAUUUCCUGUUAGCCAUGUCGGCGCGCACAAGUUUGCCGCGAAUGCUCUUAUAUACCCACACGGCGAUUGGUAUGGUAAUCUACGCGUUACCGAUGUUCCACUGCUUCUUCGCGCGGCACUUGCGCCUGCUUCUCCGCGGCACGAUCUUCAUGAUCUACGCGAACGUCUGGUGGUAUGGCCGCGAUGGCGCGGUCGCUUAGGGCUUUCUUCGUUGGAGCAGCGGGAGCAUAUGAGUAUAUGGGGACCAUCACUGGUUUACAGUGCACAGCUUAAACCUCGGGCGCGCCUUGGCACACCCGAGCCCACACCGAAAGAAGUACCCGUGUCCGAUACGGCGAUCCCUCUAAGGUUCCGCUCGUUUGAAGGCGAGUGGUUCGAUGCAACAGGCGUGCUUGGCGAGUCGCUCAUGCAAGUCGCGAAACGGCACGAUCUUCCUGGAAUUGAAGCUACAUGUGAAGGUGAGCUGGAAUGUGCAACAUGCCAUGCCUACUUGUGCGACGCGUUGCCUGGUGAUGCUAUGGGACGAGGCGACGUGGACAACAUGCCCAAAGACGCCGAUCAACUGUUUGGCCCGAUCAGUGACGAAGAAGACGACAUGCUCGAAUACGCUCUACGACUAAAGCCUAGCAGCAGGCUCACAUGCCAAGUCCGGGUGACGCGCGAUGUUGCCGCUUGGAUGCGACGCGGUGGGCGUGUAGAAUUACCGCAGUAUUAA